UUCAACAUCCACCUGCCCUAGAGGUGAUACAACCAUUAGGAGAGAGAGAGAGAUAACAACUACCUGUCCUAGAGGUGACACAAUCAUUAGGAGAGAGAGAGAGAUAACAAACACCUGUCCUAGAGGUGACACAACCAUUAGGAGAGAGAGAGAGAUAACAACCACCUGUCCUAGAGGUGACAGAACCAUUAGGAGAGAGAGAAAACAACCACCUGUCCUAGAGGUGACAGAACCAUUAGGAGAGAGAAAGAGGGAGAGGUAGAGAGAGAGAGAUAACAACCACCUGCCCUAGAGGUGACAGAACCAUUAGGAGAGAGAGAGAGAAAGAGAGAGAGGGAGAGAGAUAACAUCCACCUGCCCUAGAGGUGACAGAACCAUUAGGAGAGGGAGAGAGAUAACAACCACCUGUCCUAGAGGUGACAGAACCAUUAGGAGAGAGAAAGAGGGAGAGGUAGAGCUGACAACAGAAUAAAACAACAACAAAGACAGCAUCUACAACAACAGCAAACAUAAGGGAUGGGCCAAACCUUGUUCCUCCACCUUGUUUUCUCAGGGCUGUCCAUCCUCCCCUCAUCCCUCCCGCAUCAGUUCCACUUUGUGAACUUGAAAAAGACCUGGACUGAAGCUCAGAGUUUCUGCAGACAGAACUACACUGACCUGGCCACCAUAGAUGAGGACAUGGCAGAUAUGAAGAAGCUCAAUAACACAUUAUCAGCAGCUGGUUGGAAAGGAUCAGCCUGGAUAGGACUGUAUAACAACAUAGGGAGGUGGUCUCUGGGAGACAAAGAGUUAGAGGGGGAGGGGUUUUGGGCCCAAGGACAGCCAAAUAUUUAUCCAAACAGCAAAGAUUUAUGUGUGUAUAUGAUGCAACAUGGGUCUUGGUUUUAUAACAACUGUAACAGUGAAAGUCCGUUUGUCUGCUAUGAUGUCAAAAAUACGGCCAAUAAGUACAUUCUCAUCACUUGGCCUACGACUUGGAGUCGGGCUCAGAGCUACUGUCGGGAGAAUCACACAGACCUGGCCAGUGUGAGGAACACAACAGAGUGUGACGCCAUAAAGAGUAUCUUACCUACCACUGGUAUCUACAGCGUGUGGAUUGGCCUGAAGAAAUCUCCUGGUGUCUGGAGGUGGUCUGACCAGAGUGGCUCCUCCUACAGAAACUGGGACUCAAACGAGCCAAAUUGGGCAGGUGGGGGAAAACAGGAAGGAGAUUUCUGUGGAGAAGUAAUAUUGUCUGGAAUGUGGAACGAUGCAGGAUGUACUCACGAACAACCCUUUCUUUGCUACGCUGAUGAACUGGUCCUGGUCUCAGAGAACAAGACGUGGUCAGAAGCCCUGUGGCACUGCAGAGACCAGAACAUGGAGCUGGUGUCUGCCCACAACCAGAACAUCCAGCACUGGGUCCAAGAGAGAGCCAAGAAGGCCUCCACUCCCUCCGUCUGGCUGGGCCUGAGGUACACCUGCACUCUGGACUUCUGGUUCUGGGUCAAUGGAGAAGAGUCCUGCUACCACAACUGGGCUGACGGGGAGGGCUACAACACCAUGAAGGAGCAGUGUGGGAACAUGGGGGCCAUACAGAGAGACGGGGGACAGUGGGUCGGCAAGUCUGAGACUGAGAGAUUCAACUUCAUCUGCAGCAACAGUACUGAUUAUUAGAACCAGAACCUGUUGUGGACCUGCUGAACCCUAUAGCCCAGCACAUUGUUCCAGACCCUGUUCUCUGUAGACCAGCUGAACCCUAUAGCCCAGCACAUUGUUCCAGACCCUGCUCUCUGAACCAGCUGAACUCUGCAGUCCAGAAUGUUUCAGACAUUCUCACAUUUACAUUAUAUAAGGUGAUGGAUAAAGGAUAUUUUCAAUAAUAUUAUGUUUUUUAUUAUCAUAUUUUGUUUGAAUAUUGUACCACACUUUUACUGUUUCCAUACUUAUUUAUCAUAGUACCUGUUGAUAAUAUCAAUAUCAUGCUGUUACUGUUUCCAUACUUAUUUAUCAUAGUACCUGUUGAUAAUAUCAAUAUCAUGCUGUUACUGUUUCCAUACUUAUUUAUCAUAGUACCUGUUGAUAAUAUCAAUAUCGUGCUGUUACUGUUUCCAUACUUAUUUAUCAUAGUACCUGUUGAUAAUAU